AUGACGCGCCGCCUCCUCCUCACCGCGCUCCUCGCGCUCUUCGCCCUCCUCGCCGCCGCCGCCGACGACACCUCCACAGACCAAUCGUCCUCAUCCAGCAGCGAUGAUUCAUCCAGCGGCAUCGACAGCGCCGCCGGCGCCGAGGGCCCGGAUUCCGGCUCGUUCAAGCUGUCAAAGGGCGGCAUGAUUGCCAUCAUCGUCGUCGUCGUCGUCGUCGCUGUCGGUGGAAUCGUCUCCACCGUCCUCUUCUUCCUCGCCAAGCGCCGCCAAUGGGAGGUCCGCAAGUCGCUCAAGCGCGUCUCGCGCCGCCUGACCGGCCGCAGCACCACCGCCGUCAACACAUCCAAGAACGGCGGCACUGGUGGUGGCGGCGCUGCCCGCGAAAACAGGCGCACCGCCGUGCGCAUGCAGUCGCCGCCGCGGUCGACCAACAACGCCGCUGCCAGGCUGAAGGCCGACCGCAACCGGGAUCUGGAGAAGGGGGUGUCGUCGGACGGUGGGAGGAAGCAGACCGGUGGUGGUGCGGGGAGGGGCGGGAAGCCGACGAUGAGCGCGUUUUCGGUGGAGACGCCGGUGGCGAGGAGUUGGAAGGAUAAGGUGUUUGGGUAUAAGGGCUGA